AUGCCCGUCCAAGUCUACACGGACAACGACAAACUGAUGGAGGAUCUUAUCAUAUAUUCCCAAAAUUUCAUUCAAUCCCAAAGCACCAAAGAUAGAGAUGCACUCCGAGUUGUCCAAGAUCAGAUCGACGCGAAACAAAAUGAAAUAGCACAAUUACAAGCGCGCCUACUCAGCAAGGCAUCGAGAGUGAAAUUGGGAAGGCUUUUAGUGCAGAAGCCCGAUUUGGAAUUUUCCGAGAGAGAGAUCUAUAUUUUUCAAGAAAGUCCUGAUAGUCAAUGUGUUACAAUCAGACUGUUAGCGCAUAACGAAAAAAAGGGACCAAAGCAUAGGGCCAAAAAGCUGGUGACCAGAAUCAACUAUAUUGCACAGUACCUGGAUGGUUUUGAUCACUUAUUUUCUCUGCUUGAACUGGAUGAACGUCAGCGGCCGGGAAGCGGAAGCGAGCCGGCCGGUGAACGGGAGGUUCUCAAAUGGUUCUACGAGUUGAUUUUCGUUGAUACUCAAGAUCAUCCGCCUCUUAUGGGCCCGGCUGAACUUUCGCUGCCACUAUCGGAAGAACAACAGAAAAAAUACAGCCCAGCUCAGAUGAUUCUCCGCAAAGCAUUCACCCAGGAAUCCGAAUUGACCAGCGCUCAAGCGGCUGCUGUCGCCUUGAAGUUGCGCAUGGAAUUCGACCAACCACAAUCCCCAAUGUCCCUUGACAAACUGGUUUCAAAAGCAUCAAGCCUAGUCUCAAAUAUACAUCCAGUUAAAAGGUUUCAAAAGGAACCAGUCCCUUGA